GUCUCUGUAUUUGUAUCUGUUGAUUUUAAGAAAAAAAAAGGGGGUAUGCUUCAGUUGGUAGGGAACAGCAUUUAUUAGAGGGAUUUAUUGUUUUCUUUUGUAUGUUUCUCCAUUUGGAAUGCCACUGGAAGAAAUCUUAUGAGUCUGGAUGCAUCGUUCUUAGCAACUCACAACAGAUCUGGGGAGGAGAAAAAAGAGCUGGACCUUGGGAUGAAUUUAAUGGCAGAAUUUUCUUUCCCGAGCUUGUUGUAGCAUUUAUACAUUAUUUCCUUUUUUGAAGUUCGGGACACUCUGGCAACUUAUGUUUUUUCAUAUUUGAUAACAAAAAAAGGAAUAUGUCUCUGUGGAUUCUAUUAUUUCAUCUCCUCUGGUUUCUUCCUGGGAAUGCUGCACAGCAACAUAGUAAUGGAACGAUCAAAGUUAGAGGGGAUGUUAUAGUGGCUACAACAAAUGAUAAUUAUAUCUGUGCUACACUUGAUUGGUGGCCAGCUCAGAAGUGUAAUUAUAAUCAGUGUCCAUGGGGAGACUCCUCAGUAUUAAAUCUGGAGAUAAACCAUCCUUUUCUAGCCUCAGCUAUAAAAGCCUUCUCCCCAUUGAGGAUAAGGAUUGGUGGUUCUUUGCAAGAUCGAGUUGUGUACGGUAUGCCAAACAUAGAUUAUCCAUGCCUCCCAUUUGUUAAGAUGGCAGAUGGACUAUUUGGUUUCUCCAAAGGCUGUUUAAGCCUGAAAAGAUGGGAUGAACUUAACACUUUGUUCCAAAAGACUGGAGCGGUUGUAACAUUUGGCCUUAAUGCACUCCGUGGGAGACAUAGUAUUCGCCGUGGUGUUUGGGGAGGUGCCUGGAAUCUGUCGAAUGCUCGCGAUUUCAUCGCAUACACCAUAUCAAAAGCAUAUCCUGUUGAUUCAUGGGAAUUUGGAAAUGAGUUGAGCGGACAUGGAAUUGGUGCGCGUGUUGACGCAGAGGUUUAUGGAAAGGACCUGAUUGGCCUUAAAGCUGUUCUUGAUGAACUGUAUAAGAAUUCUACCACCAAACCGCUACCGCUCUUACUUGCUCCGGGAGGAUUCUUUGAUAGGCAGUGGUAUAUUCAAUUACUUAAGACUUCAGGGUCUGGCGUUGUUGAUGGUAUUACACAUCAUAUAUACAAUCUCGGGCGAGGUGAUGAUCCUCACCUUCCUAACAAGAUAUUGGAUCCUGAAUAUCUAAGUCAGGUAUCAGAUACAUAUAGAGAUGUCCAGCAAGUCCUACAGAAACAUGGUCCAUGGGCUUCUGCUUGGGUAGGUGAAGCUGGUGGCGCCUACAACAGUGGGGCUCAUCUUGUUUCAAACACAUUUUUGAACAGCUUUUGGUAUUUGGAUCAGUUAGGAAUGGCGUCUAAAUUCAACACCAAAACUUAUUGCAGACAAAGUUUGAUUGGUGGCAACUAUGGCCUCCUUGACACUGAAACAUAUAUACCAAAUCCUGAUUAUUACAGCGCACUGUUGUGGCAUCGGCUUAUGGGGAAGAGAGUUCUUUAUGUCAAUAACAAUGGGUCUUCCUUUCUACGAGUUUAUGCCCAUUGCACGAAAAAAACGGCUGGAGUUUCUCUGGUCCUAAUCAACUUACUCAACUCUGAGUUCAGAAUCAAUGUUGAAAAGGAGACAAAUCGCAAAAUUAGUGUGGAUUAUGAACGUAAGAAUAACUGCUCUUUUUCAGAUAGAUUGGAGAAGAUGGUAUACUUGAAUGGAAUGAAAGAACGCCACAGUUCAAUCAAGCGAAAAGAGUAUCAUCUAACAGCAAAGGAUGGCAACCAUAGAAGUAGAAUUAUGCUACUAAAUGGAAGAACUCUGCAACUUUCAGAAGAUGGAAAGAUUCCAGAUUUAGUUCCUUCAUAUAUUUACAGCAACUCACCAAUUAUAGUUGCUCCUCUCUCCAUUGUUUUUGUUGUGAUGCCGAACUUUGAUGCUGAAGCCUGUUCAUAAGAACUCUCUGUUUGUAUCUUUUGAUGCCUGAGAGAGCUACAGUUAUGUUGUAACUUUAUGGUUUGAAUUAAAUGCUGUAAUUUGUGUUUUAGUUAGAAGUUCUUCUAAGAUGAA